AUGCCGCCAACACCCCGAGCGCCGUCGCCAGACGGACCCAUUACUGACUUCGCGCUCCUCGAGGCGCAGAAGGAGAACAUCCGGCCCCUUGCCUCGGGCCGUAGCGCCGCCGCCCUUGGCGCAUUCUUCGAGGGGGACGAGGAGACGCGCAAGGCCCACGAAGACAAGAUCGCGCAGUUCAAACUCGACAUCGAGGAUGCGGAGCGUCGCGACCGCGAGGGAGAGGACAUGGUAGACGGCGUGGCAGACGUGCUCGACUUGUGGAACCGAUAUGUUGCCUUCACCGUGCAAACCAACCCCUCUUCUCCAGGCCGCAUCAUCCCCGUAGUUGAGAGCGCCACGCGACGCUUCAUCGACGAUGCACGCUACGCCCAGGACAUCCGGUACCUCAAGCUGUGGAUAAUCUACGCUCGCCAGGUCGAACGACGAGAGGAGAUGUGGGCGUUCCUCGAGAGUCGCGAUGUCGGGACACGACACUCGUCGUUCUACGAGGAGUGGGCCCUCGUACUCGAGGGCCUUGGACUAAAGAAGAAGGCCGACGAGGUGUACCGCCUUGGAAUUGCGCGUCGCGCCGCUCCCAUGGAGCGACUGAAGAACAGACACGCGGCCUUCCUCACGCGCAUCAUGGCACCAUCCUCCGACGACAUCCCGGAGGAUGACCCCAACCCUCCCGCACCGCCCCGCCGUGCUGUUCUCGGCGCUGUCGGCGGGCCUCCCCCAUCUGUACAGCAGAUGCCUUCCGGGCGGACCCGCGGCCCGAACGGGUCCAAGAUGGAGAUCUUCUCGGACACGACCGGGCGCGGCAACCCGGAGCCCACACCGUGGGAGGACUUUGGCACGCGCGAAGGUCGUCGGAAGGAGAACACCAUCGAGGCCGCUCCAUGGCGUGGCGAGACCAUGCCUCAGAGCGCAUCACGCCACCGUGUAACACCCCGUACCCCCAAGAUUGAAGUGUUCAAGGACUCGGAGACGAACGGCACCGUCGUGGCAGGCGACGGCGACGUAAUGCGCGCCAAGGCCCCACCAAACGAGGCAGAGAAGCUCCGCUUCGACCCACUGCGCAACUUCGACGUUGGGCCGAUCAACGCCUUUCCGUCUCUCCCUACAGAGUCUCGUCCCCCAGUUCCUCCCGUCGCACCCGCCGCACCUACCAGCGCACGCAAGCCCUCCUCGAGGGACAAGGAGAAGAAGAGGGAGAAGCGCCACCGGUUCGUCAUGGAACCGUGGACAUGUCCGACAGGUGGCGCCGAGAUCGUCGACGCCAAGGGCAAACACGAGCGGCGCAUGUUCGACUGGGACGCGGUGUUCAAGGGUGGUGAGGAAUGGAGCUUUGAGGAAGUGCGCGCUCGCCAACGCGGCCUCCUCGGCAAGGUCUACAAGCCCGUCGCGGCCUGGGAACGUACGUGGCACGCUGGCGGCGCGACGAGCCCCAAGCCUCCGCCGAAGCCUAUGCGCCCACCCUCGCCGACGGUUAAUACCAAGCUUGCCAACGCCGAGGUCAUGGACCUCUUCAACCAGACCAUCCACGGCGGCAAGGCGCGCCACUCUGACUCGGAGUCGUCUGACGACGACGACGACGACGGUGAUGACGCCGAGGAGCAAGUCAUGCCUACCCCGCUCCCCCGCCCACGCGCCGCCAUGAUGACCCCAGGUGGGCUGGUGCCUCCCACCCCCACUCCGGCGCCGGGUAGAAGCAACAUCUUCGGAGACGAUAACGGCCAGAUUCCCGUGUUCGCCGACGAGAACGCCCCUCGCAAGAUGGCAGUAUUCGACGAGAACGCCCCUCGCAAGAUAGCAGUCUUCGACGAGAACGCCGAGAAUGCUUAUGACCCAACUGACGAGAAUAAGAACGCCGGCCGGCCGGCUCAGACUCCUCGCGCCCCACUGGGCACAACACCGCGAGCCCCGCUUGGCAUGCGCACGCCCCUCGCGCCCACCCCGCGCGGGUUAGCGGUGCACGAUGAGAACGACACGCCGGCUCCAACGCGGCCUGUGCAGCGCAACAUCUUUGCCCUGCAGCAGGACGCGAUUGCUGAGGAGGACGAGAACAGUCCUCGUGCGAAGUCGUCACCGCGUGAAUCACCUCGCCAGUCGCCCAAGGAGCAAGCGCAAGAGCAGGAGCAGGAGCAGGAGCAGUCGUAUCGCACCGAGGUCAACGUCAACGAGGGCUACUCCUAUCGCACCGAGCCUGCGGCUGAACAGUCCUACGCUACUGAGGCGCAGAACGACUACUCCUACCGCACCGAACCAGAAGCUGAGGACGAGGGCACCCAGGAGCGCUUCGACGAGCACUACGAGGAGUAUCCCGAAGAGCGUCCUUUCCGGAACCAGAUGUACAACCGCCACUUACUGACACCUGUGACGGAGCGCACCUUCGAGCACACUGUCGCGACGGCCAAGAGCUCGCGGUUCGGCGGCCUUGGCACCCCAGAGGAGGAAGAGGAGGACGAGGAGCAGCGCUCACCGAGCCGCUCCAACUCCUCCAAUCGCUCCGGCUUUGUCGAUGCAGGGAUCUUCGACGUCCCCGAAGGGUACACCAUCGCGCGCAAGCUAGACGAUGAGCCCAAGGCCGACACGACCCAGUCGACGGACGCGACUGGCGACUUCGUCACGGCCCAGCACAACAGCCCUCCUAAGCCCGAAGGUUUCCGCCAUGCCUCGCCGGUUGGCAAGAUGGAGAUCUUCAAAGACGAAUCUAAGCCCUCUUUGAAGAUGCAGGUGUUUUCGGACGGACCGCAGGCGUCGCCCAAGCUCGCCGUCUUCGCCGACCAGCAGCGGGCGUCACCCAAGCCAGCCGUUUCCGCUGAUCCGCCCAAGGAGUCGCCCAAGCGGCUGGUGCUCGAGGGCAAGCAGCCGUCUCCGACCAGGGAGCCAGUGGCAUCCCUCGCCGCACCUGCUGCUGCCAUGGAGUGUCUGGUCCUCGCACCCGUGCUUUCGGAUAUUCCAAACCCGUGCAACCCCACAGACAGCUCGGUGAUCGCCACACUCUUGGAGCGCAUCGACCCACCUCUCGAGGAGCAACCCCUCAUCCGCCGAAUCUCGGACAGAUCGGCCCGCCUCUCCGCUCUGCAGAAGCACGCUAAGCUGCACGCACGGCGGUCGAGUUCGGCAUCAAUGCGGAUGUCAAUCUCGCCCGAUGACUUCUACCCGCUCGAGCUCGGCGGCAAGACGUACGAGGCGAGUCACAAGAUUGGCGAAGGGGGCUUCGGCUCCGUGUUCCUCGUUGUAGACCAGGCACUGCAGGCUGAGCUGGACGACGGGGAUGAAGACGACGAGGACGGCGCUAAGCUAGCAAUCAAGGUCGAGAAGCCCGCGAACUUGUGGGAGUCGGUUGUGCUGUCGCGGGUGCACGAACGCGUUGCGUCCAACCUCGUGCCGUCGAUUAUCCGUCCGCGCGGACUGUUCGCGUACGCCGACGAAUCGUUCCUCCUCCUCGACUACUGUCGCCAGGGCACCCUGCUGGACGUCGUCAACAAGGCUGGACAGUGGGGCAUCGCUCCUUCGCUGAACGGUACGAGCGUCCCUGACGAGAUUCUUGCCAUCUUCUUCACGAUCGAGCUCCUCCGUAUCGUCGAGGGCCUGCACGCGGCGGGUUUCGUCCACGGCGACCUCAAGAUUGACAAUUGCCUUGUGCGUCUUGACUCGGCCAAUGGCUGGGACGCGCAGUACACACGUGAUGGCUCGCGCGGGUGGGCCGCCAAGGGCGUGCGUCUCAUCGACUUUGGUCGCGCGUCCGACCUCUCCCUCUUCUCCCCUGGCGACAAGCAGACCUUUGUGGGCGACUGGAAAGUCGAUGCACGCGACUGUCCCCAGAUGCGCGAGGGCCGCCCGUGGUCUUUUGAAGCGGACUACUUCGGCCUUGCCAGUGUGUGCUAUUGCCUUCUCCAUGGCAAGUACAUUGGCACUGAGGUCGUCGAUGGGAAGGUCAAGCUCGACGCGCCAAUGAAGCGGUACUGGCAGGCCGACAUGUGGACCAAGCUGUUCGACACGCUGCUCAACCCCGCUGAGAUCCCGCUCACGGGGCAACUUACUUCGAUCCGUGCCGAGUUUGAGGGCUGGCUCGAGGACAACUGUGUCAAGAACGGUCGCAACCUCCGGCAGCUGCUCAAGCGGAUUGAGAGCCGCGCGAUGGAAGGGCGGUAG